AUGUGCCCGUCAGACACCGAUUUUCUUUCCUCUGACGAUUUCUACGCGAAUCUUUUGCACAUUUUCACAGCCAUCGGUCUUCCACUACAACUUUUCGGUGCCUUUAUAAUAGUCACCCGAACCCCGGAGAAAAUGCGCUCCGCUAAAUCAAGUAUGCUCCAGCUACACUGCGUCGGCGCAUUUUUCGACUUGUUCUUCAGUUUUAUCAGUAUCCCAGUGAUUACUAUUCCCGGAAGUUCUGGGUAUUUUUUGGGAAUUGGCGCUGUAUUUGGUAUUUCAUCAAUGAUUUUGUCUUUUUUGACAUUUGUAUUUAUUGGGAUCCUCGCUGCGAACAUACUUUUGUUUUUUGAGGAUCGACAUCAUAGACUGGUCUAUAGGUCCAAUGGUGAGAAGAAUUGGAAACGAGUUUUGUAUAUUUUCAGUCAGUAUCUGAUUACAUCGGUGUACGCUCUACCCGGAUAUUUGAGGAUUCCGGAUCAAGAACAUGGAAGGGCGCUUUUAAAAGAGCAUGUCCCAUGUAUAACCGACAAAAUUCUGCAACACCCCGGCUUUUUUGUGCUUUCAAUCGAUGAUAAAGCAAUAAUCUACAGCAUUUUGUUCAUCCUAGUACUCAUUUUAACACAAGCAUUUUUCUUCGUUUUCCGCAUAUUCUGGUACCUUUUCCACAUUACAUCAGUAUCCAAAAACACGGCUCAUCUCCAAAAGCAAUUCUUCUUUGCGAUCUGCUUUCACGUCAUCAUCCCGCUAAUCGUGUUAUCAAUACCAUCAUUUUAUAUAUUUUUUGCAAUGCGAUUUGAUUAUUAUAAUCAAGCGGCUACAAAUAUCGCUCUAUCCACAAUAUCUUGCCAUGGAAUCUUGUCUACAAUUACAAUGUUAAUUUUUCACACUCCUUAUCGCAGUGCUAUUAUUGGGAUUGUCAGCUUUAAAUCUGAAAGUAGUUCACCGAAAAUAUGGAGUGUGCCUAGAGUUACAGUGCCUAGAUCUUAA